AUCUCUUUCCUAACUAGAGAUAUGAAACACCGCGUCACUAUUACAGGCCCCCCCUGUAUAUUUAUCCAUAAUUGAAAUGAAAAAGCAGCACCUUCUUUCAACAAUUGAAAAAAUUAAAUAAUAUUCUAAUUAGCCUUACUCGGGAAAUGGUGCCUAUAACAUUGAUUACAUUCAUAAAAAAUAAUCUUUCAUCUCUAACUUUUUCAAUGCAUAAUCAAGAUGUAAAUGAACCCAAGCCUGAAAAAUUAUGGGGCUAAUGACGAUCAUCAAAUAUAGUAACGGAACCCUACAUUAGCGCUCAUUAUUAUCAACAUGUUGAAAAUACAAAUUGGUCUACUACUUUAUUCCUUAGUUAUGUGUUAUAUUAAUGGUUCUAGGGAUUUCAAGGUUUUGCAUUUUGGAAAAUGUGGUAAUUAUCACGAUACACCUUCGCUUGUUUCUGAGAAAGAGAUAGAAGUAUCCGAUGGAAUUCAUCGCAAUACUGUAAUUGAGAUGAAUCUUGAGAAAGAUUUGAAUGAUAUCGAAGCACGCCUUUCAAUCUUCAAAUGCGACGAUGGAACAUGCAACCAUUUCUGGAAGGACCACGAAAUAAAAGAUAUAUGUGUGGAUAACAAGCUCAAUUCUUUCGAAGACAUCAUGGUGAGAUUCAUCAUAGAUUCAACCGAACCAAAAAUCACAUCGUGUCCUGUCCGAAAGGGUACCUACAGGACAACAUUUGCGAGUGGGAAUGCAUUCUUUCAUAACUUUUCACUGGCAGCUGGUGUUUGGUCUGUCAAAUGGUCCUUGCUAAGUGAAGAGGAAAUGAUAAGUUGUUAUGAAUGUCAAGUUAAAGUAUCUGGAGAAUUAUGAUUGAUUUGCAAUAUUUAAAAUGAUGUCGUUUCCCAAUAA